AUGUUCCCCAAACCUAAAUUGCGCCUCGAACUCCGCGACGUCUGUCACAAGUCCACCAGCCUCUUCCUGAAGAACUUUGACAGCUCAAAAGACUUUGCCGAGUUGGUUGAGACUGUCUUGACACGGCUGUACAGCAUUCCCGACCACAAAGAUGUCUCGACCACAGGGCCAAUACCCGCGCAUACGAUGAUCCCCGGCACGCGAUCAGUCACGUUGAUUCUACGCGACAUGGACGGUGUAGCAUACACUACCGGUACAGACCUCGAUUCUGACCACAAAGAGAUCCACCUCUCCCUCUCCUACCUCAAUCAUGUCGCGUCACAAAAGCCCGGGUACUCCGCCCGCACAGAGAUCCUCGGUGUCGUCUGUCAUGAGCUUGUACAUUGCUUCCAAUGGAAUGGGAAUGGAACCUGCAAUGGAGGCUUGAUUGAGGGUAUCGCCGACUGGGUUCGUCUCAACGCAGGUUACAUUCCUCCUCACUGGAAGAGAGAGGCUGGCAAGAGUUGGGACUCUGGAUACCAAAACACUGGUUACUUCCUCGACUGGAUUGAGAAGAGCAGGGGCAUAGGCAGUGUUUACAAAAUAAACCAGGCCCUGUGCAAUAAGGAAUACAAGAACGACAAGUUCUGGGAUCAUCUGUUUGGCAAGGACGUUGGCAGUCUCUGGAAAGAGUACGCCGAGUCUCUGAAGAAGUCCAAGGAGGAGGAGUCUGACAGUCACGGUGACCCGAACUUGAAGAUGCAGAUCCGUAUCAAGAAAGAGGUCGAGGGACAUGAUUGA